ACAAUCUGUCUAUCCUUCCCCAGCUUGAGGUUGGUACGCCGCCGCCAACCCCCACCAAUCCUUUCGCCUUUGCGGUCCCCUCGUCGCUGCCCCCCCCCCAUCCGACCCAGUCGCGACCGUCGCUCGUCUAUUAUCUUUUAUCUGUCGCCUCUCGCUCAUCCGCCCUCGGUCUCCCGACGGCCAAAGUCACGAGCCCAUCAGCCUCGACUCGGGUGAAACGAAACCACACUAGGAGUGAGAAAACCCAGCAACCGGACCUAAGGGGAAGUCGGUCGAACAGAACACAUCCAUCACCAGAGUCCUGCCACCAUGCCGUCCGCCACCGCGUCCGGGGCAGACACUGGAGGCUCAGCGAAGUCCCGCGAGCAUAACCAGGGAAACCAGGAUCGGAAAUACACGCCGGAGCAGAAGGCCGCGGUGCUGAGAAUACGGAAAUGCUCCACGACGGCGUUCUACGAGAUCCUGUCGUUGGAGAAGAGCGCUUCGGAUGGCGAGAUCAAGAAGGCGUAUCGCAAAUUGAGUUUGUUGACGCACCCCGAUAAGAACGGCUACGAAGGAGCGGAUGAGGCUUUCAAGUUGGUCGCUCGCGCCUUCCAGGUCUUGUCGGAUUCCGACAAGAAGGCCAAGUAUGACCGGUUUGGUGGCGAUCCGGACAGUAGGUUCACGCCCAGCGCUGGUCCUUCGGGCGGCGGUGCUUCGCCCUUCAGCGGAUUCGGCGGCGGGUUCCCGCGCUCGGCGGGUGCUGGGGGUCCGAUGUUCGAGGAGGAGAUAUCGCCAGAGGAGCUGUUCCAGCGGUUCUUCGGCGGUGGCAUGGGCAAUAUGGGUGGUGGAUUCAGUCCUUUCGGCGGUCCCCAAUUUAUGUUCAACAUGGGAGGAGGCCCCGGAUUCCGAGUUCAUCAGUUCGGAGGCGCUCGCCCUCGGAGAAGGCCACGCGAAGCCAACGCCCAGUCGGAACCUGCGCCGUCUACGUGGGCGACUUUCCAGCAGCUUCUCCCCCUUAUCCUCCUCUUCGUGCUCCCUUGGCUCUCGUCACUCUUCUCCGGUUCCUCGACUCCUGCUGGCCCUUCGUACAGAUUUGACGCCGCCGUCCCCCCGCACACGAUGCACCGGACGACGCCGAAGCUGAACAUAGACUACUAUAUCAACCCGGGCGACGUGGACGACUACAGCUCACGGAAAUUCCGCCAACUGGACCAACGAGUGGAGGUGGACUACGUGGCGAAACUCCGGUACGAAUGUGACAACGAAUCGCACCACCGCGAUCGCAUGAUGCAGGAAGCCCAGGGCUGGUUCUUCCCGGACGUAGAGAAGAUGAAGGAGGCGAGGGCGAUGGAGCUCAAGAGCUGCCGGCGUCUACAAUCGCUGAAGGGCAAAUACUAAAACAAGAAGAAAGAGACGCAUGACUGCUCGACGCAUGAUUACCCUCCAGCAUCCUUAUUUACACAUAAUCUCCUGUUCCCUUUCCUUUCCUUUCUUUCUUCCUCCCACGACCUCAACCUCUUCUGUCCCUGCAUUAGAUGUCACGACGUGAGCAGGAUUGUACGGCGUUUUUUUUUUUUUUUUUUUCAUGGACUGAUGACCAGAGCUUGAAAGUAGCUUCGUUUUUGGUACGAGCAUGAGUUGUAUUAGUGUUCCGCGCGAGUUCCGCGAAAGAAAUGUAUAGUUGUGUG